AUGGCCACAGCCUUGGCCCUUCAGACUGCAAAGAGGCAGGAAGAACUUCUGGAAGUGAAGGUAAAGGAAGAAGAGAAGGACCAUGCCUCUGGGCAAGAAUCUGGCCUGUCAAGAAAUAAUCCUCAUACCAGAGAGAUCUUUCGUAGACGCUUCAGGCAGUUCUGCUAUCAGGAGACCCCUGGGCCCCGGGAGGCUCUUCAAAGACUUCAAGAGCUCUGCCGUCAGUGGCUGAGACCAGACAUGCACACCACAGAGCAGAUCCUGGAGCUGCUGGUGCUGGAGCAGUUCCUGACCAUCCUGCCUGAGGAGCUCCAGACCUGGGUGCGGGACUACCACCCUGCAAGUGGAGAGGAAGUGGUCACUGUGCUGGAGGAUUUGGAGAGAGAGCUGGAUGAACCAGGAGUGCAGGUCCCAACCCAUGCUCAUGAACAGGAAGAGUUUGUAAAGGAGAAGGCAAAUCUAGGAGCAGCUCAGGAGUCUUCAAGUGGCCGGUUCCAAACAUUGGAAGAGCAGCUUCAGUGUAAUGUGCAAGAAGUGUGCCCAGCUCAGGAGACUGAUGGUGAGGCUGGGACUUGGAAUGUGGAAUUAGUCCCCAAGGGGAAGAUUUCUAAAGAAAUGAAAUCUCUUAUAGAAGUACCUGGAAAACUGAAUGGUGAUGUUAUUCAGGUGCCUGAAUAUGGAGACACCUUUGACCAUGGGGGCAGAUUGGAAAGGCCACGGGUAAGCUCUUCAGCAGAAAGACCCUAUGUCUGUGGUGAAUGUGGAAAAAGCUUUACCCAGAAUUCCAUACUUAUCGAGCACCAGAGAACGCACACGGGGGAGAAGCCCUAUGAAUGUGAGGAGUGUGGGCGGGCCUUCAGCCAGCGGUCAGGCCUAUUCCAGCACCAGAGACUCCACACCGGGGAGAAGCGCUACCAGUGCAGUGUUUGUGGCAAAGCCUUCAGCCAGAAUGCCGGGCUUUUCCAUCACCUCAGAAUCCAUACUGGAGAAAAACCUUACCAGUGCAAUCAGUGCAGUAAAAGUUUUAGUCGACGUUCUGUCCUCAUUAAGCAUCAGAGAAUUCACACUGGAGAGAGACCUUAUGAAUGUGAAGAAUGUGGCAAGAACUUCAUUUACCAUUGCAACCUCAUCCAGCAUCGGAAAGUCCACCCUGUGGCUGAAUCAAGCUAG